GGCCCCGGAGGUCCUAGGACGUCACCGAAGCGCGAUCGAGCCUCCAGCCCGCCCCCUGCGCGCCUUCCUUUUCCUCCCGUUCGGUGACGCGGAGGCCCGGGCCGCGCCUGCUGACACACUCACACGCUCGCUUCGGCCCGGCCUGCGCCAAGCCCCCAGCCCAACCAUGGCGGCUUUCACACGCCUCUCCUCCCGCUUGUGGUUCUGUGCCUCCGCCCGCCGCCCCGGGGGCGUCUGGUCCAAGGGAUGUGUUUGCUACUUUUCAACCAGCACACGUCGCCAUACCAGAUUUUAUAUGGAUCCAGUGGAAGCGGUAAAAGACGUCCCUGAUGGUGCAACAGUGCUGGUUGGUGGUUUUGGGUUAUGUGGAAUUCCAGAGAAUCUUAUAGGAGCUUUGCUAAAGACUGGAGUAAAAGGACUAACUGCAGUCAGCAACAAUGCAGGGGUUGACAACUUUGGUUUGGGCCUUUUACUUCGAUCCAAGCAGAUAAAACGCAUGAUCUCUUCAUAUGUGGGUGAAAAUGCAGAAUUUGAACGACAGUAUUUAUCUGGUGAAUUAGAAGUAGAGCUGACACCUCAGGGCACGCUUGCAGAGAGGAUUCGUGCAGGUGGGGCUGGAGUUCCUGCGUUUUACACCAGCACAGGGUAUGGGACCCUGGUGCAAGAAGGAGGGUCACCAAUCAAAUACAACAAAGAUGGCAGCAUUGCCAUUGCCAGUAAGCCAAGAGAGGUGAGGGAGUUUAAUGGUCAACAUUUUAUUUUGGAGGAAGCAAUCACAGGGGAUUUCGCUUUGGUGAAAGCCUGGAAGGCAGACCGAGCAGGAAAUGUGAUUUUCAGGAAAAGUGCAAGGAAUUUCAACUUGCCGAUGUGCAAAGCUGCAGAAACCACAGUGGUGGAGGUUGAAGAAAUUGUGGAUAUUGGAUCAUUUGCCCCAGAAGACAUUCAUAUUCCUAAGAUUUAUGUACAUCGCCUUAUAAAGGGAGAAAAAUAUGAGAAAAGAAUUGAGCGUUUAUCAAUCCGGAAAGAGGAAGAUGUAAAAACCACAUCUGGUAAACCUGGAGAUAAUGUAAGGGAACGUAUCAUCAAGCGGGCAGCUCUUGAAUUUGAGGAUGGCAUGUAUGCUAAUUUGGGCAUAGGAAUACCACUUCUGGCCAGCAACUUUAUCAGCCCCAGUAUGACUGUCCAUCUGCAAAGUGAAAAUGGAGUCCUGGGUUUGGGUCCUUACCCAUUAGAAAAUGAAGUUGAUGCAGAUCUAAUCAAUGCAGGCAAGGAAACAGUUACUGUUCUUCCAGGAGCCUCUUAUUUCUCCAGCGAUGAAUCAUUUGCAAUGAUUAGAGGGGGACAUGUCAAUCUAACAAUGCUAGGAGCCAUGCAGGUUUCCAGAUAUGGUGACCUGGCUAACUGGAUGAUACCAGGGAAGAUGGUGAAAGGAAUGGGAGGGGCUAUGGAUCUAGUGUCCAGUGCCAAAACCAAAGUGGUGGUCACCAUGGAGCACUCUGCAAAGGGAAAUGCAUAUAAAAUCAUGGAGAAAUGUACAUUACCACUGACAGGAAAACAAUGUGUCAACCGCAUCAUUACUGAAAAGGCUGUAUUUGACGUGGACAACAAGAAAGGCCUGACUCUGAUUGAACUCUGGGAAGGCCUGACAGUGGAUGACAUAAAAAAGAGCACUGGGUGUGAUUUCACAGUUUCACCAAAACUCAUACCAAUGCAGCAGAUCGCAACUUGAAAUGUGGAGUAGACUUUUGUCCCAAGCUAUGUGUUUUUCAUUUUAAUCACAUAGGAUUUUAUUUAAAGGACAUCAGUAAUCAUAACUGUAUAUCUAACAAGCAGUUUUUGACUAGUUUUCUAUCAUCUUAAUGCUUUAUACAGCCAUGUAGACUCUGUUCUCUCAAGUGUACUGUGACAUUUUAAUGAAAAAGAAUAAAAAUAUGAUUAUCUUAUUUGCUUUAUAAGUGCUGAGAAGGUCAUAUUUACAGUUGGUGCUCACAUUGGGUUUAUCUCCAUCUUCUGUGAUGUGUACAUUAAAUUGUGUGCAGUAUGUACCAAGAUGGGCCCUUACUUAGGAAGAGUUUCAUUGAUAUACUUUCCCUCCUAACUAAAUCAUGACACGUAGAAAAAAAAGAAUGAGGGAGAAAAUGAACUCUACCCAGAGUAUACCCAGGGGAGCAUCGUACUAGUCCUGAAAGAUAACAUUUGUGUGAAUUUUAAUCAGGAGAAGUGCUGUCUUAAGGAUUAUGAUUUUCCUUCGGCCUCCUCUGUGUUUUUUUUUGGAGCCACUGAUUUUGUGAUUACAUCUUGUUUCCCUAGAGCAUCCCUUCUCCCACACCUCCUAACCCCCCCACUUUUUGUAACUAAGUGGAUGCCCAAGAAUGCAAACAGGAACAUCUCUGUGUGGAAGAAGUAACCUGGUUUGUGGGAGAGACCGAAGGGUAUAGGGUCUAUUGGUGCUGACAUCCAACCAGGAAGUUGCCUUUAUAAGCAAACCAAAUAACCAUCGGUGCUUUGCCAAA